UGGGGGGGGGGAGCUGUUGCAUUCCUUUGGACCGGGAGCCGAACCUAACAUUAAAAGAAGAAUCGUGCUGGAUUUCGCCCGACAAGAAGGCGAGGCGCUGGAUUCUGGGAGACCCUGCUGUGUGAUCGUGGUUUUUUUUUCUCGGGGGGGGCUCCCCACCCCCGCCGCCCCUUCUCCUCCUACAUUUCGACGGGAAGACAUCGGCUGGAAAGAAGCCCAGCCUGUCCCCAAGCUGCGGCUUGCCCAGCAAAGGUUUAUCCAUCAUGUUGGAGCUAACUGGAAGGAGUCACCGUGCCAAUAUAGAAGUGUAAACACCAACCAUCUUGCCAUAUCUUCUUCUUGGAUAUCGACAACAGUGUUAAAAGAGCAGCAGAGUUGAGGGAUGGGCUUCACGCACAAGGACUCUCUUGCUUUUCGCAUCUCUGGGAUUGGUCUCUGGUCAGGCUGCUGAGGCACAAACCGCACUAUUCGGGGCUUUUUCCCACCUGAGCAAGGUCACCUUGUGCCCCUAAUUCAAUUCUACUUGGCAAAUUACUCCUUUUCCCCUUCCCCUCUUUGCACCCACUUUCUCUUCGUGCCUGUGUGUGCAUUUUCCUCACCUUCUUUCCCAGCUAAUUUGAUUUGGUAUCUGAGUGGGGAAGACAGAGGCCUCCUAAUGUCGAUGUAAACCAUGUCAAGGCCAAUGGGACUCUUAUGGCUGCCUUUGAUCUUUACACCUGUUUGUGUCAUGUUGAAUUCUAAUUUCCUCCUGUGGAUAACUGCUCUAGCGAUUCGGUUCACGCUGAUCGAUGGGCAAGCACAAUAUCCCGUUGUCACCACGAAUUAUGGCAAAAUCCGUGGGGUUCGAACACCCUUGCCUAACGAAAUCCUGGGUCCUGUGGAACAAUACUUGGGAGUCCCUUAUGCCUCUCCUCCAACAGGAGAGCGACGUUUCCAGCCUCCAGAGCCUCCUUCUUCUUGGACUGGAAUACGGAAUGCCACACAGUUUGCUGCUGUCUGCCCUCAAUAUCUGGAUGAGAGAUCGCUGCUCAAUGACAUGCUACCCGUUUGGUUUACUGCCAACUUGGAUACUGUGAUGACAUAUGUGCAAGAUCAAAAUGAAGACUGCCUUUACCUGAAUAUCUACGUGCCCACUGAGGAUGUUUCUAGUGUCCUGCUGACAAAACCAAGGGGAUCAAUAUUGUACUCAAAGAGUGCACCAGGAGCCAACACAAAGAAAAGCGCAGAUGAUAUAACCAGUAAUGAUCGUGGGGAAGAUGAAGACAUACAUGAUCAGAGCAGCAAGAAGCCAGUGAUGGUCUAUAUCCAUGGCGGAUCAUAUAUGGAAGGUACAGGGAAUAUAGUUGAUGGCAGCAUACUGGCAAGCUACGGAAAUGUCAUUGUUGUAACUAUCAACUACAGGCUAGGGGUUCUAGGUUUUUUGAGUACUGGAGACCAAGCUGCAAAAGGCAACUACGGUUUGCUUGACCAAAUCCAAGCUUUACGCUGGAUUGAAGAAAACAUUGGAUCUUUUGGAGGAGACCCAAAAAGAGUCACCAUUUUUGGAUCAGGGGCAGGAGCAUCCUGUGUUAGUCUACUGACGCUGUCUCAUUAUUCAGAAGGUCUGUUCCAAAAGGCAAUCAUACAGAGUGGAACAGCCCUGUCCAGCUGGGCAGUGAACUACCAGCCUGCCAAAUAUACUGCAAUCUUGGCAGAAAAAGUGGGCUGCAACACGCUGGACACUACAGACUUAGUGGAAUGUUUUCGGAACAAGAACUACAAAGAACUCAUUCAACAAACGAUCACGCCAGCUACAUACCACAUUGCCUUUGGGCCUGUGAUUGACGGGGAUGUAAUUCCAGAUGAUCCUCAGAUUCUGAUGGAGCAGGGAGAAUUCCUCAACUAUGACAUCAUGCUAGGUGUAAACCAAGGGGAAGGAUUAAAGUUUGUAGACGGCAUUGUGGACAACGAAGAGGGUGUCUCUCCAAAUGAUUUUGAUUUCUCCGUAUCAAAUUUUGUGGACAAUCUCUACGGUUAUCCAGAAGGGAAAGAUACUCUGCGAGAAACCAUUAAGUUUAUGUACACGGACUGGGCAGACAAAGAGAAUCCUGAAACUCGGAGAAAGACUCUGGUCGCUCUGUUCACUGAUCACCAGUGGGUUGCGCCAGCUGUUGCCACUGCAGACCUGCAUGCCCAGUAUGGUUCUCCAACAUAUUUCUAUGCAUUUUAUCACCACUGCCAGAGCGAAAUGAAACCCAGCUGGGCUGACUCAGCCCAUGGUGAUGAAGUUCCUUAUGUCUUCGGCAUUCCUAUGAUUGGCCCUACGGAGCUGUUUAAUUGCAACUUCUCAAAAAACGAUGUCAUGCUCAGUGCCGUUGUUAUGACGUAUUGGACAAACUUCGCCAAAACUGGGGAUCCCAACCAACCCGUUCCCCAGGAUACAAAGUUUAUCCAUACAAAACCCAACCGUUUUGAAGAAGUGGCCUGGUCCAAAUAUAAUCCAAAAGACCAACUUUAUUUACACAUUGGCUUGAAACCCAGAGUUCGAGAUCAUUACCGAGCAACAAAAGUCGCUUUCUGGCUAGAACUUGUACCACAUCUGCACAACUUGAAUGAAAUAUUUCAGUAUGUCUCUACAACAACUAAGGUGCCACCUCCUGAUAUGACAUCAUUUCCCUAUGGUACCAAGCGCUCUGGAAAAUUUACCACCAAACGCCCAUUAAUGACACCAAGCAACAAUCCGAAGCACUCAAAAGAAACACAGAAGACAUCCCCAGAGGAUACAAGUGUUCUGAUAGAAAACAAGAGGGAUUAUUCCACAGAGUUGAGUGUUACCAUUGCUGUGGGUGCAUCAUUAUUGUUCCUCAACAUCUUAGCAUUUGCAGCACUGUAUUAUAAGAAAGAUAAGCGUCGUCAUGAGACGCACAGGCGCCCCAGUCCUCAACGGAACACAACCAAUGAUAUCGCCCAUAUACAAAAUGAAGAGAUCAUGUCACUGCAGAUGAAACAGCUGGAGCACGACCAUGAGUGUGAGUCCUUACAGGCACAUGAUACCCUGAGACUCACCUGCCCACCUGAUUAUACUCUCACUCUUCGAAGAUCUCCAGAUGACAUUCCACUGAUGACACCCAACACCAUAACCAUGAUUCCAAAUACAUUAACAGGGAUGCAGCCCUUGCAUACUUUCAACACUUUCAGCGGAGGACAAAACAGUACUAAUUUGCCCCAUGGACAUUCCACCACUAGGGUAUAGCUCUAUCAUUUGCCCCACCCACCCCAUGCCACCUGGAAGAUUAAAAAUAAGAAAAGGAAAGAAAAUUAUAUAUAAAAAAUUAAAAUUAAAAAAAAUCAUGUUCUCCAUCCAGCACUUGUCAAAAUAGAAAGGUGAAAGAGAAAGGCAGAUGUAAUUUUCUUACAGCUCCUUUCCAUAGGAACUCUGAUAUUCUAAACAUCACCUUCUCAAACCCUGUGAAAUGUGAAAUGUGUACAUUGCUAUCAGGAUACUGCUUUAAUAUCUCAACCACUUUGAUUGAAAGUUAGUAGUUGAGGCCUGAGGAAAGUCACUUAGAAAAGGAUAUGUAUUGAGUGUAACAAAAAAGGAGCAGAAACGUCUGAAAUACAGAGCCAGUGACUGUACAGUUUUUUUAAUAAAUAAAAUUUUAAAAAAAUGUUCUAUAUGUGCCAUACCGUGAAUGGCCCUUGUUAUACAAAAGACAUCACCAUGGGCUUUUACCCAUCAUAAGAAGCUGUAACCCAGAAGGGGGAAAAUAAGAUUUUAUUAUUAAAAAAAAAGUAGGACUGACUAUGCAGUAAAUACGUAUAGUUCUGUGCAAAGAGAUGACUUGCCAGCCUGAACUAUAUUUAAGAAACUUUGUAAAAAAAAGUGUACAUAGCUGUGAGUUUAAAAAGAAGAAGCUUUUAUUGAUGUUUUCAGUUCCAAAAGAGCUUUUAGAAAGAUUGUGCUUUCAGUUGUGAUCUAUGUGUAUAAACAUUAGUCAUAUCACCUCUGUUUCCUGCCAGAACAAAAGGAGGACUUUCUUCUUAAUUACUAGUGGUAAACCAAGACAUGAGGUUUUUUUUCCUAAUGUUUCAUUUCUAGGAGGACGUGGUGUUCCAUACAGAGGAUACAGGUGACUGUGCGGCCUGCCAGCUUUUCCUUUACAGGUUACACAUGUGCAUGUUAAGGCAUUCAUAGGUAGGAAACAGGUUUCUUUUCUUGUGAGGGGAAAACACACACACCUCUUUUUCUCCCUUUUCUUUCAGAUUUUUGUGUUAGCCUUCUUUGUAUUGCUCCACAGAGACAAAAUGGAAGAAUUAUAAACGCUUAUUCAAUUGAGCUUAGAGUCCUACUUUGGCAUUCCUGGUAUUUGUUAUGCCAUGAAACAUUGCUUCUGGAUUGUGAGUUCCCUGAUGCAUUUUAAGAAACCCUGCCUUUUUUGUAAAUCUUUUUCUGAGGGAAAUUAGUUCUGCCUGUACAAGGGAUCUGCAGAAGAGGUUGAGUUAAAAACACCAUCGUGUGGAAUAGGGGGAAGACACAGGUGGAAGAUGAGCAAGAAUUACUUCCAAUUCCUAUUGCCUCAAUAAAGAGAAAGGAAAGAUCUAGAAUGACGGUUAUAUAACCCCUUUGACCCAUCAGUUAGUUUUAACUGAGCCCACUAUUUUUGGUGCUUAAUUUUGUCACAUCACAGAACAGAUGGAUGCCUCAGAGAACUAGGAAGAAACCAUAUCAAAUGUACAAUAGGUGAGUUGCCUUGAAGAAGCUGGAUCAUUCCACUGGUCUAAAACAUUAUUUAUUUAUUUUGGGGGCGUCCUCUAAACUUCAUUCCCCUUAAUAGGGAGUUUUGACAUGAAAUGCAGCUGGCCCAACAACACUGUUGGCCAUUCUGUGUAAUGUUUAAAAAUGAUUCCGCUACUAUAAAGAUAGAACCAAGUUAUUGAUAAGCAAAGAAUGAUCUAUAUUUUAUCUUUAGUAAACUAAAGUUAAAGAUGGUAACCAAAGAUAUUUGAACAGACUUGCUCUGCACAAGACCAUAUCUCUCCCAGGAUGUAUAUUGCAUUUUUCCUUCCUUGUGCUGAGAAUGGCACAGCACUGCUGUCUUAUCAUCACCAGAUAUUCACAUCUGACACAAGAUGCCUUCUGCCUUUAAAAUAGACAGCUUGUGACAUUCUAGCUUAUAGGUACCUUCACAUCUCACUGGUUGUGUGUUACACACAGCUCUGUUGUGCUCCUUCUGGUAGAAUAAGACGAUCCUGACAGUAGCAAAACCUGGGUUAGCGACACAGUAAAAUUGCUCAUGUGACCCAUACUGCAAUCUUACUUGUUAGAAAAUGAAAUCAAUAUAUGCUUCCCUUUUGCUUCCAGGUGAGAUUUUUAAAUGAGCUCCACUUUUCGCCCAAUAAUAAAAGGCAAACUUUUUGCCUUCACUGCUCUUUACCGUAACUAUAAUCUUGAUUAAAGCUGGAUCUAUUCCGUGCCAUCAUCACAACCAACGCAUUGCCUCCACUAAGACACAGCAAUUCUUCAUGACUCGGGGGGUUUAAAAAAAAAAAAGGAAAAUGAUGGCAUCUUAUUCAGUUGGGUAUGUUUGUUAUGUGAAUUACAGUAUUUGUUUAGUACUUCCAGUUGUCUACUGCUAGCAAUAUGUACAGUACUGUGUCAGGCUUGUGACAUUUGGGUAAAACCGUUUCUGUAAGUGAAUGAUUUUAGCAUUUAAAAAAGAAAAAAAGACAAUGAUGUCACUUUAAUAAUUUAAUACGUCUGGACAGAUGUAUGAUUUAUAAAUGGAAAUUUUUAGGCUCUUCAUAGGAUUCUAUAAUAAUAACAACAACGUAUACUUUGAAGAAAAGGGGGGACAAAAGGAACUAUCCCAGACUUUUCUUCUUGACCUUAAGAGGCACGCAGGGUUUCUUUUGUUAUUGUUUCUGCAUUUUUCUUUCUUUUUGGUUUUGCCUUAAAGUAAGGACAGAAGAUAUAUAUGGCUGGACACAUAUGUAUAAACUUUUCAGCAGCAUUUUUAAUAAUAAAAUAUCACAGUAUUUUCUAAUGCUUUGUGCAAAUAA